UGCAGAGUAACGGGAUUUUUUUACGCAUACACCUUUGGUCCCAAAAAUUCUCCUCUAUAUAUACGCUUCCAAGCGCCUCCUUAUCGGUUCCCCUCCUCACAGACCCAUUUCCAUAUCACCUUAUCAUUAUGUCACCUUAUUUACCGGAAUCAUCUCAUAUGUUUUUGUAACGUCCUGUUCCUUACAAUCCCCUUGUUUUUCCUUCACCUUUUACCCAUAUGCCCAUUUAUGGAUUUUCCUCCCCUUAGUUCCCCGGGGCCCAGGUCCGGAAGCCCAGGCCUGUGACCCUGGGUCUUCUUCGUUCGACAUAACAAUUAUAUCUAAACAAUAAUUUUGUUAUUAAAAGUGUGCUCAAAAAAGAGCCUUACCCCCUGGUUGAAGUUACAUUUGCCUCUAAGUUAUUUUCCAUGCCAGACGUCCUGAAGAUUAAUCCUUCAUUCAACUUCAAUGGGUAAGUUUCUCCUUUGUUAUUUUCUUCUAUACAUGAUUUUUAAUAAUCAUAAGCCACUCUAUGAGUCUGAUUUUAUGUUAAAAGUUAUUAUGUUAAAAGAAAGCUCUUAUCUAUUUGUCAUCUUAUAAUGCCACUAUUGCUAAACUAUUGUUGCUAUACUGUUAUCACUAUUGUUAAGCUAUUGCUACUAUAAUGUUGCUUGUGUACAUAAAAGUAAACAAUGGAGUUCUUUGAUGACUCCUCUAAACUGCUAAAAGCUUCAACUUUGUUUUGAUCGCAUGUUUCAUGUUAUGAUCUCAGCCUGUCCUUGCUCAGGCUGGAAUUGUUUACCCUUAUCUCAAGCUCCUGUUCCUCUAUCUCCUCUAACUCCCCUUAUCUCUCCUCAGACCCUACGCCUCAGCCAGCUCAUCCUGGUCGCCCCAUCAUGUCCUCACCUCACCAUCCUCGUCCGUCUCCCUACCCAAGGCCAGUGCCCGCAGAGCUAUCGCCGCUUCCAGCUACUUCAUAUCACCCAUGAGCUCAUUACGUGUCUGGAACAGUACUAUUCUAUGGCCCUGAGUCCCCUGUUUACACUCUUUCCUCUCCUGUCUGCUGAGUUACUAUAAUAAAGAGUGCCUCUUUUAUUCACCCUCUGACUUCUGGUUAAUAAUAUAUAAUAUAAUAAUAAUAUAAUAUAAUAAUAUAAAUAUAUUCUCUUAAGGCUCCAGGAUUUUUCACAACAAAAGGAACAGGUUCAAUCAUCAUGGCAGACACUAGUGACGGAGAAACGGAGAUUCAAAUCAAACACACUGUAGCCACAGUGCUGGGUUGCCUGGAGAAAGGGAUCGUCAUCGCCUCUGCCUUUAUCCCUCUGAUUGGCAUUGUCACCCCAAUAGUUGGUGCUGUGAAGAAAACACUGGUAGAAGAUAACAAAAUCAAGAUGCUGGAGAAGGAGUUCCAGCAGAUUCAUGACAAGUUGGAGAGCAUCUCUCAGCAGACCGAGCAGAUGCUGGACCAGAUCCAACUUUCAGAGAUUGAGAUAAACUAUGGUCAGGCGGAAAACAGCAUCAAGUUCCAGUACCAAGCUUUCCAGAACAUGAUGGACCACAUUAGGAAGGACCCUGAAGACAGUGAACAUUAUAGAGAGGAAUUUAAGAAAAUAUAUAGAAAUCAAAAGGGCUUAAAGAAUUUGAAUGUGUACUAUGAUGCCAUCAUGGAAGACCAGGGUCCUUUCGGGCAGCCACUACUGAAAUUUUAUCAAAAUAACUGCAAGAGGAACAAGAAGAUUAUGGAGGCUAGAUGUGCUCAUCUGUCCUACCUCUUCUACAUUGGCCUCAUUGCAGAGAUGGCCUACAAGGAAGUCAUUGAAGAUGAUCAGGAGAUGAUCAGGAAAGAAUGGGGCCAAAAGUUAAUCGAUAUUCAGACCAAGAUGCAAGAAGCCCUGGACGAGUGUAACGAGAAGGAGUGAUGCCAAUUUCUCCUUUUGUAUUGUUUCUGUGCUUUGUUAUUUGAACAGCACCUAAACCUUCACAAUUUAAGUAUUGUGAUCAGUGUAAUUGAUUAAAUUUAAAAUAAAAUAAAUUUCCUUUACCAACAAAA